CGGUUGAUGGUGAUGAUGACGUUAAUGCUGGGACCAGUGCUGGUGCCCGAGGCCCUCCGUGCUCUCGUCGUUGUCGUCGUCUUUUCCGUCGUCGUUUCUCGCUAAAAAUACCGCUAAUUGUCCAACUGGAAUCUCAUGAACCGCGCGGUCGUCGCGCGAAGCGCUCGUCCGUCUCGUAUCGCCGGCGAAAUCGAUUGUUAUCGCGAGUGAAUGUGUUCCUCAAGUGUCCGUGAGCAAUUCACCUCGUCGUUCGUCUAUUGACAACGUCGGUAAUUGGUCAUAGACAUAGAGCAAAGUCGCGCACAAGUGUGUGUAUGUGUGUACGUGCGCAUGCAUGCGCGUCGUGCGUGACACUGCGGUGUGACGCCAAGUGAUUUGCCAACACGAUACAUCGUUUGUGAAGCGGGUGUAACUCACGAAAAGUGUAUGUGCAUAUGUGUUCUAUUUCUGCCUUCCUCUUCAAUAAAGUGCGGUAUAAUUUGUUAAUUAAGUUUCGCCUGAGAGUGCCGCGUAAUGUGAUACGUGUUGUGACUUAUAUGCGAGAGGAAGAUGACGUCUUUGGUGCAGAGGGACUCUACCGAUGGCGGGGCGCAGAAGAAGAGGGAAUCUAUCAGCAGCAACGCAUCCAGUUACUUAUUGCUACUUAACUCUUUGGCGACCGAUUUGGACUGCAUGCUGAGUGAGCUGUGCACAACGCCUGAUUCCUACGACCGGUUACACGUGCGAGGAAAGAGUGAGAUCGCGGAAGCAGACUGUGGGCUUGUUUUUGGCGACGUAAUCAUCGAUUCAAUGGAUACCAAGCGAGAGAGGUUUAUCCCAGCAUGGAAACAUCCUUCGGGCCAUGGUCGGACUCGGAGCGAUGUCUUCCUGGAACCGUAUCUGCAGCAGCACGGAACCGUUCAGGUCGUCAACUCGCCGAGCACGCCGCCGCCGAAUCCGCUGCAGCACCGUCAACUUGCGCAGCUACAUCAUGUACAGAGCGAAGAAUCGCUCUCGUCGGAAGGGUCGGCCACCUCGGGAGGAUCUUCGGCGUCCACGGAAGAUUCUGGCAGCGAGGUGGCCUGCGACAUCACGCUGAUUGAGAGGCUCAUCCGCUCUCACCCGAUCUGGUUCCUUCCGGGCAUCCAGAGGGCCGGCGCCUUUCACUUGUUGCAAGGCAAGGAGGAAGGGAACUUCGUGGUGCGACAGUCAAGCCAAAGCGACACAAUGGCGCUCUCCGUGAGACUGCCAGCCGGCAAAGGGCCUUACAUCGAGCACUACCUGAUCCAGGCGAAUAAGGGGAAACUGAGUUUGGAGACCAGCGAGAACAGGUUCGACAACAUACCCUCGCUGAUCGCCCAUUACUCGCAAUGCUGUGACGAGUUGCCAGUGCAACUGACGUUGCCGCGGGCGAUGCGGGAAGCGAAGAACAGGCAGCAACUGUCGUCGCUCGCGUUGCUGGGCCAGGAGUUUUGGCGCUAUCCCAUGGCGAAUCCGAAACCACCUGCAGAAAGCAGCAGCAGCAACACGUCCAGUCUCAGCAGUUUCCACGGCGGUAACAAUAACCAUCAUCACAGCAACAACAACAAUAACGCCGACACACCGACUACGGAGAGCAUAGUGCUGAAUCUCGCGCCGAUAUCAUCCCACGAUACGCGCACAUCGUCACCGACCACCAACACUAUGACGACCUCGACGUUCGUCGCGUCGUCGUUGCUACGUCAACCACGACCCACUCCGCCCAACACCCUGAACCUAACGACCUUCAACGAGCCGUUGGACACGCGGAGGGAGCAACGUGUACCAUCGUCGCCGUCGGACAAGUUGUCGCAGCAGCUAAUCUCACCGAAUCUGGUGCAGAGCGUACGGUGCCCGUCGCCAGUGGUGCACAACGUAGAGAAUAACGUGCUGAGCCCGGCGCAGGACUCGAAGAGCGGUAGCUUCGACACCCUGAAGAACGGCACAGAGUUCGCCGGCAGGAGCGGCAGCAAGACCUUCUCCAGCACGUCCACGUCGACCAUGAGCGUGCAUCACCUCCAUCAUCAUCAUCAGAGCCAAAGCCUGUCGUGCACGACGUCGCCCGUGUUGCCGCCCGACAUCAGGAACGUCGUCGCCGAAAAUCAUCAGGGCGCAACGCAGUGUGUGAAGACGCCGCCGCCGCCACCGCCGAGGUGGGCGAAGCCGGGCUUCAGUCAGAGCCAGAGUAACUUCACAGUGACCACCACGGUGACGUUCAACGUGAACCAGACAACCAAUGACGUGAACACCUCGCAGCAAAACACGCCAUCGGAUCCCAAUACGUCGCUCUUGAGCCCGCAGAGCGCGACCUCCUGCAAGUCGCUGACAUCUAGUUUCUCUGGGAUCAAGUCACCGCUCUCACCCACGACCCCAGUUUUGUCACCCACGUCCAAGCUAGUACCAAACCCACUGAACGCCAGCGGUCUAAAGACAUCCAAUGUCCUCUCGCCGAACACACCCAACUCCAGCACUAGCAAGUCGAAGAGACGUCGCGAUCGCGAGAACCGCAAGAACUCGCAGCACUACCAGGAGUCGGAUAUCCUGGACUCGUAUUAUCGCAGCUCGCCGGCUGAUAAGAUCUCCGACUAUGAGGACAUCUGGAACACGACAGAUCAGUCGAACCAUUCGACCUGGUCGCCCAACGAGAACACCAAGUCCUCGUCGUCCAAAGACAACAACAGGAUCGCUUGUACCCCGUUGGACCGUCUGAGGAGCUCGAACGACCGACUGAUGACGGCGCACGAGAGGAUCGUGAGCCCCGGCGAGAGGAGCUUGAACGAUCGUCUGCCAGGCGAGCAAAUGCAAGUCCUGAGGAACGACAGGUUCAUCCUAAGGAGCGACAAGCUGAGCUACAAGGAGACGACUAGUCCGGAGCUCAGCAGUUUCAAGCCCGCGCCGGAGCUGAAAAGUCCCGCCGAUCAAGGCUCGCCUGAAGAGACCGGCAUGGGGAAGCGGCCCGAUCUGCUAUCCAGAGUUUGCAGUGCUAAUUCGUUGAACAGCCCGAGCACGGUGACGCCGCCACGGAACAAACUGGGCCUGGUGCUAGGCGCCAAGUCAGAGAGCAAUAGUCCGCAGACACCUGAGUCUAAGCAGAGUAGUCCGUUCUAUGCGGAACCGGCGGACGCGAUCGUCACCUCGCAAGGUGCCGCUAUAAUUCCGCGAAGGAGAACGCCAAGAGGAAAUCCAGCGACGAACAAAUACAGACACAGCGAGCCCGGUUGGCUGCAAACGCCGACUGGGAACAACGGGAACCAGCUGCUGCAUCCGAUCGACUGGGAAGAGCCCGAGGAGACAGAAGACAAAACUCCGCUGAUCUCAUCGUCGGUCGACAACCUGGCGAAGCGCCUCCACGGCGCCAGAGAGACGAAGAAGAUACCGCGAGCGAAACCCGUGCAGCCACCCAAGAUCAGGACGAAGGUCUUCAACGACACCUCGUGGGCGGUGGACUCCAGCUGGGAAUUUAUAGGUAACGACACAGAAGACUGCGAGCCAGACUACGACUGUGAUGCUGACUACGAGGGCGACAACACAAUCGCGAGAAAGUUCCCGGACGAGGAGUGCAAUAACAAGGACAUUGUUGGGAACACUUUGACCGUUCAAAGUAUCAUCCUGCAACGGUACCCGGAACUGCUGAAGCCGCCGGACAAUACAUGUGAGACGCUGUACAGCGACCGGAACUCGUCCUACGAUAACGUGGAGAAACGCAACGUGGAGCGCGAGGACACGCUAUCAGAGGAGUACUCGCGGAAGGAUCGCACGUACGACCCUUCCGAGUGGGAGACCAUGCUGGACACAGACGAGAGUGACGUGGAGAGGAUCAAGAGGAACAAGAGCUUCAAGGAGCGACUCGACCCGCUUUUGUCACCUCCGCGACUGCAAGCAUUGAGGAAUCGCGACGCAGGCGGCACCGGCUUCACCAUCAGGGCUUACGCACUGCGGUUGGCUGCCGAUAAGGCGACGACGUUCUCGCAGAAUAUCGACAACUUCAUUCAAUGCACGAAAGAAGGCAAGGAAGCCAGUCCGCACGUGGUGACGCGCAACAUGCGACAGUUUAUGUCGGGCAUGAAGAACUACCUGGUGAACGGCGAGCCCGAGUUCGAGCGUGAGGUGGAGAAGGUGCGGCUGAAACUGCGACCAAACGAGUUCCUCAAUAUCGACGCGAUCCUUGAGGAGGUGAUGAUGGGUCUGGUGGUAACUCCGUUGCGGGAGCACGUCUACAAAUUGUUCAUCGAGCACUAUGCCGCCACCGGGUCUCUGCAAACCCUCGCUGAGAACAUCCAGCAUGCCUACGGCAAGCACAUGCACGAGCUCGGCGUUCGACCUAAGAUUAUACCUCCUUCGGAAGACAAUCUGGAUCGCAUUCUCAAGUGCAUCGAACGACUGCAGAAGGUCGAUUCGCCAUUGGACAAGCUGGAGAAUCUGUUAGCGGCGAUCUCGGCCCUCUUCAACUCUGUGAAGCAGGCAAACUCGGGUCGUCAUGUAACAUUAGGCGCCGAUGAUCUCCUGCCGAUGGUCGUCUGGGUGCUGGUGCGCGGUAAGAUGGUGGAUGCGGAAGUUGAAGCCGAAUAUAUGUGGGGUCUUCUGCAUCCCUCACUGUUGACGGGCGAAGGUGGAUAUUACCUGACGACGUGGUCGAGCGCUGUACAUGUCCUCAAGACCUUCAAGUCGAGUCAGAACACUAUGUCGACGUUGAACGGUUACGGAACGCCGGAUUGCUCGUCUGUACUGCGAAUUUUAGUGCCCGACGAGUUGCACGGCUCCCUGAAUACCAGGACGUUGCCGGUGCGACCUAACAUGAACACCCGGGAGAUCUGUCGCAUCCUCGCGCAUAAAAUAAGGUGCACCAAUCCUCAGGAUUACGGGCUGUUCAAAUUGGUGGAAGGGGAAGAAACUUUACUCGGGGAUCACGAGUGCCCGCAGGAACUCUCCCAUUGCCUUUUCGCCUACAAGCGGAUCGACGCGAAGAUAGCGUGGCCCAAGACCAGUUCUUAAGAUCGCAAGAAUAUCCUCAUCCAUCAGUUCAUAACUUCACCGAGAAUACGUCGUCAUAAAUCAGCACCUAUCGCCUUCUUAGAAAUGUAAUCUCGCACAUCUAGCUCAUCGGAAGGCGCAAUGUUUCUUCGCUCACUGUUUCUCUACAGGUGUAUCUAUCAACUUCUUCCAACGUGCAUAAAAAGGUUUCUUCGAAGCUUGCUGUAUGAAUAGUAUUUGGAUUCGCGCGAUGUCGAGAGGGCGUAAGUUGAAAAUCCUGCUGCCUCUUCAUUUUAUAUUUUCUUAUUUUUUUGUAUGACCCUCUAGACUUUUUAUAAACAUUCUAACUUUCUCAAAAAUUUAUUUAGAUUUUUUAAUCCCAAUUUUUAGAAUGUAUU